UUUUCUCCUUUUCGAUGCACUUUUGUGGGAGACGCAGUAACAGUGAUAGUCUGACUUGUGUCUGCUGGAGAGACCGUGCAGGGCAACUUACAACCAUGAGGCCACUUUUACUUGGGCUGCUGGGCUGCUCUCUGCUGCUGUGUGUUCAAGCCUUCUACUCAGCCAGUGAUGAUGUGGUGGAGCUCACACCGUCUAACUUCAACAGGGAGGUGAUCCAGAGUGACAGUCUGUGGCUGGUGGAGUUUUAUGCCCCCUGGUGUGGGCACUGUCAAAAUCUCACUCCUGAUUGGAAGAAGGCAGCCACCGCCCUCAAGGGUAUUGUCAAGAUUGGUGCUGUAGAUGCUGACCAGCACAAGUCAAUGGGAGGCCAGUACGGCGUCAGAGGGUUCCCCACCAUCAAGGUCUUCGGAGCCAACAAGAACAAGCCAGAGGAUUACCAAGGCGGUCGCAGCAGCCAGGCCAUCGUGGACGGAGCAAUGAAUGCUUUGCGGACUCUGGUGAAAGAGAGACUGAGCGGCAAGUCUGGAGGCUCCAGCUACAAGCAGCAGAGUGGCAGCGGUGGUGGCAGCCAGAAGGAUGUGGUGGAGCUCACUGACGACAACUUUGACAGCAUGGUGCUGCAGAGUGGUGACGUGUGGUUGGUGGAAUUCUUCGCCCCCUGGUGUGGACACUGCAAGAACCUUGAGCCUGAGUGGGCGGCUGCAGCCUCAGCUGUAAAGCAGCAGACCAAUGGCAAAGUUCACCUCGGAGCUGUGGAUGCCACUGUUCAUCAGGGUCUGUCCAGCCGAUAUGGGGUCCGUGGAUUUCCCACCAUCAAAAUCUUCCGCAAAGGGGAGGAGCCCGAGGACUACCAAGGAGGCCGUUCUCGUGGAGACAUCAUCGAGAAGGCUUUGGACCUGUUCUCUGACAACGCUGCUCCUCCUGAGCUGCUGGAGAUCCUUAAUGAAGACAUCCUGAAGAAGACCUGUGAGGACAGUCAGCUGUGUAUAAUCGGAGUCCUGCCACACAUCCUGGACACGGGUGCAUCUGGCAGAAAUGGUUACUUGGAUGUCAUGAUAAAGCUGGCUGACAAAUACAAGAAGAAGAUGUGGGGCUGGCUAUGGGCCGAGGCCGGGGCUCAGAUGGAUCUGGAGGCGUCUCUGGGCAUCGGUGGGUUCGGCUAUCCUGCUAUGGCUGCCAUCAACACACGCAAGAUGAAAUUCGCUCUCCUCAGGGGGUCCUUCAGCGAGACUGGCAUCCAUGAGUUCCUCAGGGAGCUGUCCGUCGGCCGCGGCUCAACUGCCACACUGGGAGGUGGCAACAUGCCAAAGAUCCAAAGCGUUGAAGCUUGGGACGGCAAAGACGGACAGCUUCCUGAGGAGGAGGACUAUGACCUCAGUGAUGUAGACCUGGAUUUCGACUUCGACAAAGAGGAGUUAUGAGUCCAAUCCUACUCAGACAGGGUAGGAUCUGAUCCAGACAGGGUUUGGUCUGGUCUGGUCUUGCGUGUCCUACCUCCCCUCUCCUGUGGACGAAUGGGAGGCUGAGUUGACCAGUUACUGAAAUACUCCAGCAGACACCUGCAGUUUCUCACAUCAUGUUUCCAUCACAGAGGGACACGAGGGAGGGGAGCACGUGUCCCUGGAGUGAACUUUCUCACAAACCAGCUGAACAUUAGAAGCUGCAUAUUUAUAUACCUGCUGCCAGCUGAGGGGAGGGAGGAGGCUCUGAAUGUCACAUCAUUCAAUCAAUCCUUUUUUCCCCUUCAAACAUUGUUCCCUCUCCCCUCCUCAGCUGCCUUCAGGCACCUGUUUUAUAAUGUGGACUUGUGAAAGUAACACGUCAACCAGAUGUGAUUUAAAAAAGUGUUUUUUCUAAUUUGAAACCGUGAAAUCUCGGGGGGUUUGCAUCAUGUCUGUCCAGGACAGGGGGACUACUGCAGGACGACUUGUGUAGAUUUUUCUUACACGACUUUUAUUUCAACUGUGUGAAAACAAAAUGACUUUUUUUUGUUACAAAAAUAAAAAGGAAUAAAAACUG